AAGAAAUCAUGGUAUUUAACUAACCCCAAUUUUGUUUAGAUAUUAAUGUAAACAUAUUUUCAUUUCAAUUUUAAAAGAAAAGGGUUCAUUUACUGUACACAAAGAAAUGCUUGUGUAAAGUUACAUAAACCUAGGUUCACCUAUUAUCACAAGUUUACUAGCAGGUCACCCCUUUUUUAAUUUAAAUUAGGUAAAAUAAAAAAAUAAAUCUAAAUCUGCCAUCACCCUCCUUAAUCUUCUUCUUUCAUCUAAACUCCAGAUAUUCAUCUUCACUCUUCAUCUUCUUUCAUUAUUCAUCUUCUAAAUCAACAUUUUUCAUAUUAGAACCCCCCAAAACCCAGACCACACCACCACCAACCCCAGCCCACACCGCACCACCACCCCCAACCACCACCAAGUUGAUGUAUUUUUCGCACCGAACCUCCAUGAUCCCGACCCACCAUCGACAGAAUCAAACCAGAUAUGAACUCCUCGACCUCGUCGUCUUCAAUUGAACCUCAUGACCCUUGAUGAGAGGUUAUUGUCGGUGACUGUGCUGUUGUGGAAGUUGUUAGUGGUGCUGGCGUUGGACGAUAGGGAAGAGAAGAGGAUUCUGAUGUUCAAUUGAAAUGGGUUGUUGGUUGAGGGUGUAGAUGUUGAAGAUGGUAAAUACAAUGGCUAACCAUUUCUCUGGAAGAGUUGGGCUUUAAUGCUGAAAAUGGUAGCAACAGGGGAAGGAUGGGCAGGAGGAGCUAUGACGACGACGCCAAAACGUUCAAAUCCAAGAACCUUGAGUAUGAAAGGAAAAGAAGAGAGAAGCUCAGUACUAGGCUCUUGAUGCUGAGGUCUUUAGUACCCAUUGUCACAAAUAUGAACAAAGCAACCAUUAUUGAUGAUGCAAUCACUUAUAUCAAGGAGUUGCAAGAUCAAGUUGAGACCCUCACACGAGAGCUGCUUCAGGAAACGGAAGCAACCUCAAAAGAAGUAGCAAAGCCAAAGAUAAAUGAUUUUGAUCUUGCAGAAGAGAUGAAGAAAUGGGGAAUACAGGAAGAGGUACAUGUGACAAAAAUUGAUGGGAAUAAAUUGUGGGUCAAGAUGAUCAUUGAGAACAAGAGGGGGAGUUUCAAGAAAUUGGUUGAGUUUCUGGAUACUUAUGGCAUUGCAUUGAUAGACACCAAUCUCACAGCCAUGAAAGGAGCCUUAUUGAUAACAACAUGCAUACAGGGCAUGGAUGGUCAAACACUUGAAGUUGAGCAGAUCAAUCAGUGGUUGCUUGAUAUUCUAAGAGCUAUUUAGAGUAACUCGAUAACUUAUUAUGCACUCAUCAUCAAAUUGAAAUCGACAUAAGCUAGUUUUAUUCUUGGGUCAACUUGUGCUUCCAAUAGUAUUGAACAAGUUUAAUGUGCAUCCGUUCUGUAUGAUGGGAAUGAGAGAACUCUUAAACUA